CCGGUACUCCCAGUUUAGGGCUUAAGGCGGAGGCACGCCUUGCGUCCUACUCCCCUGUUCCCGGGAUGCUGUCAGAAGCCACCCUCUCCUCCCGGCCCCAAACCCCACCGUCAUGCCUGUGACUCCCAAGAGCGAGGGGUGGCACGGUUCCUCCCGCGCCCCUGCGGGCUGAGGGCGGGCCCGAAGGCAGUGCAGUUCCAAGCUUCCCCUGCAGAAGCCACGCUCCUGCCUCGGUCCGGGCGUAGAGGGGGCGCGAUUGAGCCAGUGGGCGGGCGUCCCGUCCUCCGCAUCCUCCUCCAAGUCCUGGCGCGCGGGGAGGGAGCGCCGCGCCGCGCCGGGCUGCGCACCGCGGCCCACUUGCCGCCCGUCCCCUGCCCCGGCUGGGGCCACCUCCCCGGACCGCCGGCGGAGGGCUUCGAGGCGCUAACGUUACGCUGUUUCCGGUUUUCCAGAGGGCUCCGUUUCCCCUCCCAAGGCGGCGGCGGCUGAGCGGCGGAGCCCCCCAAAUGGCCUGGCCAGAUGCGGCAGGUUUGCUGCUCAGCGCUGCCGCCGCCACUGGAGAAGGCUCGGUGCAGCAGCUACAGCGACAGCGACAGCAGCAGCAGCAGCAGCGGCAGCAGCAGCAGCGGCAGCGGCGGCAGCAGCAGCAGCAGAAGCAGCAGCAGCGGCGGCGGCGGCGGCAGCAUCUCCCGUCCCGCUGCGCCCCCAGAGCCGCGGCCGCAGCCGCAGCCCCGCAGCCCCGCAGCCCGGAGAGCCGCCGCCCGCUCGCGAGCCGCAGCCGCCGGCGGCAUGAGGCGCGACCCGGCCCCCGGCUUCUCGAUGCUGCUCUUCGGCGUGUCGCUCGCCUGCUACUCGCCCAGCCUCAAGUCGGUGCAGGACCAGGCGUACAAGGCGCCCGUGGUGGUGGAGGGCAAGGUCCAGGGACUGGCCCCGGCCGGCGGCUCCGGCUCUAACAGCACCCGAGAGCCGCCCGCCUCGGGUCGGGUGGCGCUGGUGAAGGUGCUGGACAAGUGGCCGCUCCGGAGCGGGGGUCUGCAGCGCGAGCAGGUGAUCAGCGUGGGCUCCUGCGCGCCGCUCGAGAGGAACCAGCGCUACAUCUUUUUCCUGGAGCCCACCGAGCAGCCCUUGGUGUUCAAGACGGCCUUCGCCCCCGUCGACCCCAACGGCAAAAACAUCAAGAAAGAGGUGGGCAAGAUCCUGUGCACCGACUGCGCCACCCGGCCCAAGCUGAAGAAGAUGAAGAGCCAGACAGGAGAAGUGGGCGAGAAGCAGUCACUGAAGUGUGAGGCAGCAGCGGGAAACCCCCAGCCCUCCUACCGCUGGUUCAAGGACGGCAAGGAGCUCAACCGGAGCCGCGAUAUUCGAAUCAAGUACGGCAAUGGCAGAAAGAACUCUCGACUACAGUUCAACAAAGUGAAGGUGGAGGAUGCUGGGGAAUAUGUCUGUGAGGCUGAGAACAUCCUUGGGAAGGACACCGUGAGGGGUCGGCUCCAUGUCAACAGUGUGAGCACCACUCUGUCAUCGUGGUCAGGGCACGCCCGGAAGUGCAACGAGACAGCCAAGUCCUACUGUGUGAAUGGAGGCGUGUGCUACUACAUCGAGGGCAUCAACCAGCUCUCCUGCAAAUGUCCAAACGGAUUCUUCGGACAGAGAUGUUUGGAGAAACUGCCUUUGCGAUUGUACAUGCCAGAUCCUAAGCAAAGUAUGUGCCCUGUGGGAUACACCGGGGACAGGUGUCAGCAGUUCGCAAUGGUCAACUUCUCCAAGCACCUUGGAUUUGAAUUAAAGGAGGCUGAGGAGCUGUACCAGAAGAGAGUCCUGACGAUUACUGGCAUCUGUGUGGCUCUGCUGGUCGUGGGCAUCGUCUGUGUGGUCGCCUACUGCAAGACCAAAAAACAGCGGAGGCAGAUGCAUCACCAUCUCCGGCAGAACAUGUGCCCAGCCCACCAGAACCGAAACCUGGCCAAUGGGCCCAGCCACCCUCGGCUGGACCCUGAGGAGAUCCAGAUGGCAGAUUACAUCUCCAAAAACGUGCCAGCCACAGACCAUGUGAUCCGGAGGGAAACUGAGACCACAUUCUCUGGGAGCCACUCCUGUUCACCUUCUCACCACUGCUCCACAGCCACGCCCACCUCUAGCCACAGACAUGAGAGCCACACGUGGAGCCUGGAACGUUCAGAGAGCCUGACCUCAGAUUCCCAGUCGGGCAUCAUGCUGUCAUCAGUGGGCACCAGCAAGUGCAACAGCCCAGCAUGUGUGGAGGCCCGGGCACGGAGGGCAGCAGCCUACAGCCAGGAGGAGAGGCGCAGAGCUGCCAUGCCACCCUACCAUGACUCCAUAGACUCCCUGCGUGACUCUCCACACAGUGAGAGGUACGUGUCGGCCCUGACCACGCCCGCGCGCCUCUCGCCCGUGGACUUCCACUACUCGCUAGCCACGCAGGUGCCGACUUUCGAGAUCACGUCGCCCAACUCUGCGCAUGCCGUGUCGCUGCCUCCCGCCGCGCCCAUCAGCUACCGCCUGGCGGAGCAACAGCCGCUGCUGCGGCACCCGGCGCCGCCCGGCCCGGGGCCGGGGUCCGCCGCGGACAUGCAGCGCAGCUACGACAGCUACUACUACCCGGCGGCGGGGCCCGGGCCGCGGCGCAGCGCCUGCGCACUGGGCGGCAGCCUGGGCAGCCUGCCCGCCAGCCCCUUCCGCAUCCCGGAGGACGACGAGUACGAGACCACGCAGGAGUGCGCGCCCCCGCCGCCGCCGCGGCCGCGCACGCGCGGCGCGUCCCGCAGGACGUCGGCGGGGCCGCGGCGCUGGCGGCGCUCGCGCCUCAACGGGUUGGCGGCGCAGCGCGCACGCGCGGCGCGGGACUCGCUGUCGCUGAGCAGCGGCUCGGGCUGCGGCUCGGCGUCCGCCUCGGACGACGACGCGGACGACGCGGACGGGGCGCUGGCGGCCGAGAGCACGCCUUUCCUCGGCCUGCGAGCGGCGCACGACGCGCUGCGCUCGGACUCGCCGCCGCUCUGCCCGGCGGCCGACAGCAGGACUUACUACUCGCUGGACAGCCACAGCACGCGCGCCAGCAGCAGACACAGCCGUGGGCCGCCCACGAGGGCCAAGCAGGACUCGGGGCCCCUCUAGGACCUCUCCCCGCCUCGCCCGCCCCACGUCUCCAAGGAGAGGGGAGACCACCGACUGGAGAGGGAAAAGGAGCGAACAAAGAAAUAAAAAUAUUUUUAUUUUCUAUAAAAGGAAAAAAGUAUAACAAAAUGUUUUAUUUUCAUUUUAGCAAAAAUUGUCUUAUAAUACUAGCUAACGGCAAAGACGUUUUUAUAGGGAAACUAUUUAUAUGUAACAUCCUGAUUUACAGCUUCGGAAAAAAAAAAAGAAACAACAAAAAAAAAAAAGAGAGAUGGGCCAAUUUUUUGACUCUUUAAUAGAAACCUAUAUUGUGGUGCCUUUUGCUGUACGCUAAUCUGGGGCUCCUGGAGAGUCGUCUGGGGUGCAAUGUGGGGAUGGGCGCUUGUAGGAUCCCAAACUGGUGGGGGUGAGAAUAGACAGGGAAAGAAGAGACUGUGAGGUUCUAAUGGCUCUGAGGCUAGUGUGCAGUGAGGAGGAAAAUGAAGACAAGGUGGAGUUUUCUCUUCCCCAGCCCAGAUCUGGAGUCCUGGGCAGAGAGGGCAGGGAUCCUAGGCUUAGAGUUGGAAUUUAGGUCCGUUAAUUCGAGGGGGAGACACGGGUCCCCUGCUACAGCAACUAGAAUGGGGAGGGGGCCUCCCCACCCCUCACAGCUGCUAAGGGAGAGAGGACGGAGAAGCCUGUCUCCCCACCAGCCCCCGGCCUAGGGAGGGGGCAGCUCUGCCAGGGGCCCAACCUUUACGGCUCCUCCUCCCCUGCGGCCUCCAGGACGCCCUCUGUCCUCUGCAGCACCUUCGUUUACAGGUCGUCUUUUCUAUUUUUCUGCCUGCAUGUCCUUUGCAUUUCAGAUUCUUUAGAUUGAAUGCAUGGUCACGCUGGGACCCAGAAGAGCCACUCCGACAGUGUAUACGUUCCCCCUCUAGCAAUAAAGUCCACGUCCCUCUCAUAGCCCAGCCCCAGCCCACCCAAGACUUCCAUCUUCCAGCCCUGCCUUCCCCAGCCCUCACAACUGGAUCCAAUGCUAAUUUGUCAAAAAGGCAAUUGUCUAAAACAAACAACAAACAAACAAACAAAAAUCCCAAACAGAAACAAAUGGGAACCCUGACAUGUCCGAACACCUGACUGUUGACACUUGAACAUUUUUAUUUUAUAAAUAAACUCAGAAAUAACUCCUGUUUGACUGUGUGUGCCUAGCCCCAGGUGAGGAGGGAAGAUAGAAUGAGGACCUGGGAUGAGGCACAUGGGUACUAGAAUAAAGUUUGGAGAGGGCCAGGGCAGUCCCCAAGCGGAAGUGACCCUCUCCCCAGUCCCUCUGGCCUCAGCUCCCAAGGACCUGCUCCAAGUCUCCCUUCCAAAUCAUUUAUAAGGUGUCCCCCCUGGGUGCUGGGGAGCCCAGCCAAGAGACUGACGCAAAUUUGUUGUGCUUUAAAGUCAGCCUCAGAACUCUGGCCCAGUUCCUGCCCUGCAGCUAGGAAGCUGGACUGAGGCAACAGUUUCUUCCCAGGUGGGUGAAGAGGGAAGGGUUGUGGGGUUGGCACUAGGGCAGCGGAGGCAAAGAUGAUCCUUGGGGCUUCAGCCACGUCCCGGGCAGAGUCUGGACAUGUAAGACAGCAUAAUGGGUACCCUCAUUGCCAGAAGGACCACAACAGCUGCAGCUCCUAAGCCCACAGGGUAUUGCUCUUUCCCCAGUUUUAUACCCUCUCAGAGCCAGGCCUGCCUAAACCUGCAGCUCCGAUGAAGGUCUGAUCCCAGGCAUGGAGAAGGCAGGAGGAGUCCGGGGUGAAGAGUUUUUCUCAUCAGCUACCUAGAAUAUUAGGAACCAAGAUUCCCGCCAGAGCCUAAAGCCUUUUCUCCAGUGAGCUGGGGCGAAAUGUGUAUGUGUGUGUGGUUAUGUACAUCUUAGACAGGCACUUACAGAGGAGUGGGACAGAGACACAGAACAAGGGGGACUGGAUUGGAGUGCCAGCACCAUCCCUCACUUCUCCAAGCCACAGUUUUGCCUAGCGAGAAGUGAGGAAGCAAGCUGCUGUAGAGCUUACGUGUAGAUGGGCCAGGUGCUGCUCCUGACACAUGUCUACAAGAUGGCUACUUCGAUGGUGGUAGUGACAGGAUCCUGUGCCUUGCAACCUUGAGUCACAAAGUGGCAAAAACUCAGUGAGGUGGUUAAGAAAAGUCUAAACUUAUAAAGUCAUUAUAUUUGUUAUGGGGUGCUGGGGGGGCACUUAGCACAAAGGGGGUAAAAGUCGAAAGAAAAAUUACAGAUCUGAGCGUUGCUCAGACCUGUGGACCGUGGCCCUCUUCUGGGCCCCAGCGGAUGACCUUGUUAGAGCACUCAGCUAUCUCAGUUUGCUUUCUUAGGGCAGUAAUCCUUACAUGAGACCUCUGAUCUCUAGGGGACCCCAAAUUAACUGCUAUGACCUCUCGGCGAGCCCGCUGAUCUUAUUACCAUCCAGGUUAGUGUCCUCGCUUAACCUCUGUGAGGGCUUUAAGUUGAUGCCUUCCAGGUUUUUACUCAGAAACCACAUGUAUGACUCAAAUGGAUUCUCCUGUCUAUGACCCCUGUUACCUUUGAGUGACCACUCAGUGAACUCACCAACCUGUACAUGACCCUCUUUUCUUCCUUCAUCAUCUGCCCUGGAUUCUAAGAUCGCUGCCCAAGAGCCCAGGGCCUGUUUCUUCAGCACUCUCCUCACUGUAUCAGCCACAUUGUAUCUCCUCAUUGUAUCAGGGGACAGGAAUGGUCGGGACCUGGGGGCAGGCUUGACCAGAGAGACCUCUUGCCCACCCUGACUCUCAAGUUUUACCCUUGGGGGAUGUUGAGUGGGUGGCCUUUCAAGGGAGCAUGGCAGUCCCUUUAAGCAACUUCCCUUGUGCCACCCUGUCCCCUGGAACACUCAGGACAUUCAGGCAGCUUCCUAGGUCAAAAUUCUCUUACCCGCUUCCCAAGUUCACUCUUAGUGUCAUUCCCCAGGCCCUCUUAGAGUCCUCAGUGGCAAUGAUACCCACUUCUCCAGUCUCCCUCAUAACUGUGAGACGCAUGAAGACAGGGAACUGGCCUCUUUCACCACUGUCCCUAGCACACAGCAACAGCGUAGGGCCCAUGGUUGACCCUCACUGAAGAGAAUGAAGGCUAUUUGUUAAGAGUUGGCCAUCAGAAGUUCCUGCACCAUAGGCAACUCCCAGGACCUCCAGGAG